AUGCUUGGAAGGGCCUGGGAGAGGGGCGACAGGCCGGGGUCCUCGGGGUCGCAGGCCUGGGGGAGACGUGGCGUCAAGAGGCAGCCGGGGUCCCCCCCCCAAGCUCAGGACCCUGCCAGGCCCCCCCCUCCUCCCUGGACUCCAGAGGGGGUCGGCCUGCGGCUGCAUAAGCCCCACCCCCACCCGUCCCCGGCGGCCAGCAUCGCAGCAUCCCUCCGAGAGAGAAGGUCUGCCCCUCGGGCGAUGCCCCACGCCAUGCCCCCACCUCGGCCAUGCCCCCACUCGGGCCUCGGAGCCCGGGUGCUGGGCGCGGGGGCUCCCUGCUGCUGGGGGGCCGUGGGUGCUUUGAGAGGGGAGGGUAGGAGCAGGUGGGCGCGGGCCCUACCUGCCGAUGGGGGAGGGGCACGCCACGUCGCACCUCACCCUCGGGCUGGGGUCCCGGAGCCCCGGGUGUCCCCCGCCCACACCUCCGUCUGGGCGCUCACCGCGGAUCGGGGCGUGGAGUGCGGGCCUCGGCCUCGUCUUUCGGGGGACGCAGCCGCAGACGCGGACCCCGAGCGAGGGGCGGGGCUCGGGGAGGGGGCGCUGGUCCCGGCGGUCGCGGUCCCGGUGCCUCUUACCCCUCGCCACCGCGCCCGCCCACCCUUGUCCUCCCCCAACCUUCCCCUCCGGUCCCCAUCCCCACCCCCCAGCCCCCUACCCCGGCGCGCGGGAUCCUUCCCCCUUGCUCGGCUGCGAUCCCCUCGGAAUUUCUCGGAAGAACGUUUACUGCGAAAGGCAGCGAAACGCACAAAGACGCAGAGAGGCGGGGAGGUACCUCAGGGCUGGCCUCCCACUGCCUGGUCACCGGUGAGCACCUUCCUGGUGCCCGCGGACAAGGUGAGGGGAAUCCCCAGGUUCCUGCAGGCCAAGCCCACUGAGCCCAGCAUCCCAGCCCUCUGGGGCCCUUCGCUGUCCGCAGCCCUAAAGGCAGAUGGGCCACGGGAUGGGCACACCCAGCAUGGGUUCAGCCUGCUGAUGCUGCCUGCCUGUGACCUAGAGCUGCAGGGCCCCAGCCCCACCGACAGCGGGCCACAUGCAGGAGGGGAUGGAGGCAGAAGCCAGGGCCCCAUGAACAGUGGCCUCUUCCCAGGUCCUCCACCUGCCGAGAGCUCAACUCUCUCCCGGCCCUCCUCUGGGGGUGCGGGUGAGAACUUCCUACACACAGAUGAGGGCACCAGUAGGAUGUGGUAG